AUGGUCAGCUCAAACAGCUCCCCUCACCCGAAACCAGAAGCACACCCUUCGGUCGGGAUGUGUCGAAUAAAGGAGAAAGCUCGCCUGGUUGGCAGAGCCACCAAAGUUUUUGCACUGUCCAGCCAAGUCCUCGGAUUUUUAUCCCUACUCAGGGAUGUGGGAGAUCACGCGCGUACGGAGUACCUAAUCAGUUGGGUGGCUCAAGAUCAGUGGAUUCAGUUCUUUGAACCCUGGCUGAAGAAUUGCUUAGAACACCUCAUCAUACAUCCUACAUGCUCGUCAUCUGAUAUGGAAGUUGCACGGGAAACCGCAAUCCAAACGAUUCCUCAGUUCCUCAUCAACAUCGUGUACAACAGGUCUAUGCCCAGUCUCUUGAGCGAUAGUGCCCAUCGUGUCGUCCCCGACUUACGGGUCUUGAAACAGAUCCGAGAUCCUCUGAAAGAACUCAUCCUAAUCUCCUGGGAAAAGGUCGCUGAAGACAAACCUACUAUCCAAACCUGGGGGGCAUGGUCACACCUAGUCUUAUUGGUGAAGCCAGAAAUAGCGGAGCCCAACAGUACUGGCUGCACGCAAGCUAGGGCGUUCGUGGCUCUCGGCACCGAUUCUCACUCGAAAUUUGCAUCAGGACUCGAGCAGCUGGCUCGGGAAAUCCCCAGGAUGAGCUCUACCGACCUGACUAACGUCAGGGAUAUCUUUCUCAUCCUGGCUGGAAGAGCCUUCGCUGCGAGCUCACAAGGGUAUGACGUUAUACAAGGAAGCAUUCCCCCCCUCGUUCGUCUCAUCAGAAAGCUAUUACAUGGCCACAAGUCUUUCAAGGAACCAUAUGAUAUCGAGCUUGCGCUCGAGAUUGUAAAAGCUGUCACGUCCUGCUUGACUUCUUACAUUCAAGGCGUUGGGUGUGAAGGUGUCCGAGCUGUUGUAGACGCAGGGAUCCUGAAGACAUUUCUCGUGGCCCAUCCAUCGUUCACUAGUAGCACACUCUUUCAAUCCCUUUGGGCCAAUCUACUUGAUAAUAUCACUCAAUUCCUUGUUUAUCCAGAUGUUCUACGCCGGUUUUUACAAGCCAGGAGAAGAUUGGUAAAGUGUGGGUUGGACGAUGACACGGACACCGUUACCAAGCCCUGCACCCCCUGGGACUGGGCGAAGGUGAAAGCUUUUGGCGUCCAUCAGGUACGCCAUACAAUGAAAGCCGAAGGUACACUGCACAUUUGUGCAAAUCAUACAAAGUGUUUUACAGGAGAUUCUCCGAUAACUUUCAAGCGCUGUUCACGUUGCAAAAAGGUCAGCUACUGCUCUCGCGCUUGCCAAAAGUCGCACUGGAAUGCAAUCCAUCGAGAUGAAUGCCCGAAACUCCGCGAUGGGUUGUAUCUUACACUGGACAGCCGUCGCUUCUUGAGAUGCUUUGCUGCUAGCGCUCUCACACUGCAUAUGUCCACACUAACACAGCGCAUGGUCACCUACGCCUCUACCAUGGACCCCACAGUCAACGAAGAUCAUGAACGUAUUCGAAUGAGGACUGCGAACCCCUUCCUCUUCAUCAACCUUGACCUACCCAGGUUGCCUACAGAAGAGGAUUUUGAGGUCCUUAACGCGCGUGGCUUCGUAGAUCUGAUGGCGAAGAUUUUAGAAUCACAAAGCCUGCCCUUUCUUCAGGAUCUUGUAGCCGAAUGGCGCGAGACCACGAUUGAGGACGUAUUGGUCCUUGCAAGAUUUCCUUUGACACGGGAGUUGACACAGGAAGACACUGAUGCCUCCUUUGUGGGUUUCAUCUGGAGAUUGGAUGGCCACAUCAUAUUCUUGUAA